CUAAUCAUAUAAGAAAUAAGAAAUGGCAUCAGUAUCGCAGCUACCAGCAGGCUUUGAGAGCUCCAAUUCACUCUUGAGCGUCCUGGAAAUCACCAAACAGCCCCUCACUUCAGUCCCAGAAUGUUAUGUUCGUACCGUGGAACAAGAACCAGCCUCAUCUCUCUUUGAUGGUCAUAAGGGCACCUUCCCAUCCAUCCCCUCCAUUGACAUGACCAAAUUAGUUAAGGCAGAAGCCUCAGACUUUGCAGAUCAACUGGAAAAACUGCACUCAACUUGCAAAGACUGGGGCAUCUUUGAGUUGGUGAACCAUGGAGUUAGCCCUACGCUGUUGGAGAAGCUGAAGCAUGAGAUUAAAGAAUUCUUUAAGCUUCCCUUGGAAGAGAAAAUGAAAUAUAAGAUCAGGCCAGGUGAAGUUGAAGGCUAUGGAUCCGUAGUCAACACCAAAGACCAAAAGCUUGACUGGGGUGACAGGGUCUACAUGAUAACCAACCCUAUUCAUCGAAGAAAGCCUUAUCUCUUCCCAGAGCUCCCUUCAUCCCUCAGGAAUACCUUGGAUUCAUACUUGCUGGAACUGGAUCAGCUGGCCAUGAGACUUCUUGGGUUUAUGGGGAAGGCUCUGAAGAUAGAGAUGAGAGAGAUAGAGGAGACGUUUGACGAUGGGAUGCGGUCAGUGAGGAUGACAUACUAUCCUCCAUGCCCGCAACCAGAGCAGGUGAUGGGGCUCUCACCUCACUCAGAUGCAACUGGGAUCACCAUCCUCAACCAGCUUAAUGGAGUUGAUGGUCUCCAAAUCAAAAAAGAUGGGGUUUGGAUGCCUGUCAACUUCCAAAAAGAUGCCUUUGUUGUGAAUGUAGGGGACAGCUUUGAGAUUCUGAGCAAUGGAGUGUACCACAGCAUUGAGCACAGGGCAAUGGUGAAUUCAGAGAAGGAAAGGUUGUCAGUUGCAAUGUUCAUAAACCCUAAGUUUGAGGCAGAGAUUGGGCCUGCGAGAAGCUUGAUAACCCCAGAAAACCCACCACUCUUCAAAAGGGUUGGGAUGGAGAAGUACGUCAAUGAUUUCUUCUCCCGCUAUAAGCUUGAUGGAAAGUCAUACUUGGAGCAAAUGAAAAUCUAAAACCCUUGACUAAUAUAUGGCCGAUCGAUCGAUCCAUAUGAUCAAAUCAUAUACAUAUAAUAUAUUGUGUAAACAUAUAUCACUGCAUGGUGUGGGAAUAAAGUUGUGCAUAUAAUUAAUGCACGGCAGCAUGUGCUUAGCGUUCUUUUUGUAUAUAUGACAUCAACGCUAUAGCUUCAAUAAAAACAUGUCAAUCUAUGUCACAGACAGAUGGUAUGUUAUGUGUGGAGUAUUUGAUUAUAGUACAUUGCCAAUGUUUCAAACACUGGCUAGCUCCCUAUUUUGUAUAUUGUGUAUAAUCCUUUGUAUGAAAGGAAAUAUGAAAUGUGUGGUUGUUCUAAGUGAUGAAUUAUCGUGUAUCUUUUUAU